GACAUAUACUAAUACUGUGAUUGAUUCUGGUAGAAAUCGUUGAGGGUUGGAAAUUGGCGGCUACAUUUCUUACACUUCAAAUCUCCUCCAAUCAAAUUCUCAUCUCAUGUUCCCCUUGCGAGCCCUAAUUCAUCGACUCCAUGUUUAUAGUUUGGAAAAGCUUAACUUCAACGCAUAAAGCACAGAAUUAGUUUUAUCUAUGGCCUGUUUUCGCAGGAGGAUCUUUCCAUUUGGUUCUUUCCCGUUGCAAAGCACGCAACUUGCGCAUUCUGGGCUUGUGGAAGGGGUCGGAGGAAACAUUCUCCGUACAUUUAGCUCAGUUGUCGCAACAGAGCAAAAGGUGCUGAAAUUGGAAGAAGAGGAAGGAAAGCAGAGUUUGGAGGAUGAAAUUGCUAAGAUUCGGCAUGUAUUUAAUGCUGCAAAACAGAGAUUUCAGAAAGUACCAGAUACAUUGAGAGAAAUUCCAAAAACAGAUCCUAAAGGCAUAUAUGUCAAUAAGGACUUGAGAUUGGACAAUAUACAAGUAUUCGGGUUUGACUAUGAUUACACAUUGGCCCACUACUCUGCCAAUUUACAAAGCUUAAUAUAUGAACUUGCCAAAGAGUAUUUGGUUAAUGAGCUUAGAUAUCCUGAUAGUUGCUUGGAGUUCAAAUAUGAUAACUCAUUUCCAAUAAGAGGGCUGUAUUAUGAUAUGUCAAAGGGGUGCCUUAUGAAGCUGGAUUUCUUUGGAUCAAUUGAACCUGAUGCAUGCUAUUUUGGCAGGCGAAAGCUUAGCCGACCAGAAAUCAAUGACUUAUAUGGCACACGACAUAUUGGCCGUGAUCAAGCUCAAGAACUGGUGGGUUUGAUGGACUUCUUUUGCUUUAGCGAGGCAUGCCUUAUUGCUGAUAUUGUUCAACAUUUUGUUGAUGCCAAGCUGGAAUUUGAUCCUUCUUAUGUUUAUCAAGAUGUGAAUCGAGCUAUUCAGCAUGUUCAUCGAAGUGGUUUAGCACAUAAAGGAAUUCUUUCAGAUCCAGAGAAGUAUCUCGUAAAGAAUGGACAGUUACUUCGCUUUCUGAGGAUGCUGAAAGAGAAUGGAAAGAAACUUUUCUUGUUGACUAAUUCUCCUUAUUAUUUUGUGGAUGGAGGAAUGCGCUUCAUGUUGGAGGAUUCAUUGGGACACCAAGACUGCUGGAGGGAACUCUUUGAUGUCGUGAUUGCUAAAGCCAACAAACCAGAGUUCUAUACCUCUGAACGUCCAUUUCGCUGUUAUGAUGUGGAGAAAGACACUUUGGCUUUUUCAAAGGUGGAUGCUUUCCUUCCUAACAAAAUUUACUACCAUGGAUGCCUGAAGACUUUCUUGCAAAUAACUAAGUGGAAUGGUCCUGAGGUGAUAUACUUUGGGGACCACCUGUUUAGUGACCUAAGAGGGCCUUCAAAAGCAGGGUGGCAUACAGCUGCCAUAAUUCACGAAUUGGAGAAUGAAAUUCAGAUCCAGAAUGAAGAUAGUUAUCGUUUUGAACAGGCCAAGUUUCACAUAAUACAAGAACUUCUUGUCAAACUCCAUGCUACUGUUUCUAAUGGUGAGGCAAGUGAAGAGUACAUGUCUCUUCUUUGGGAGCUCAAUGAAGAGAGGCAGAAGGCAUGUUACACCAUGAAACGGAUGUUUAAUAAGUCAUUUGGAGCAACAUUCCUGACUGACACUGGGCAAGAAUCUGCAUUUGCUUACCACAUCCAUCAAUAUGCUGACGUUUAUACAAGCAAACCUGAAAACUUCUUGUGUCAUCCACCGCAUGCAUGGCUGCAUGUACCUUAUGAUAUAAAAAUUAUGCCACAUCAUGUGAAGGUGUCUUCAAACUUGUUCAAAACUUGACUGAGAUAUUCUUUACCUCUUGAGUGGGAAUAGAGAAGACAACUACUGGUCCAUUAUUUUCUUGGAACUGCAAUAAUUGGCAUGUUACAGUUGGCCAUUUCUAGAGACUCGUCCUAUCAGAGAAACUCAUGUCAAGAUUAUCUUCCAGCAUUUCUUGGCAAGACUUAGAAGGCGGGAGUACACAAUCGUAAGAGUUACCUCCAACUUCUAUUAAUUCAUUCUUUCGACCUUGUUAUCUGUAUUCAUAUCAUGACAUAUGAUAUCAAAUAGACUGGAGAAAAUCGAGAAUAAAAUUUAUGCCCCAUAGUCCCUAUCACAUAAAUUUGUAUUAUAACAGCAACCUAACAUAGUUGGGAAUUCAACUCCUGUACUUUUGUUCGGUUUACAUAACUCAAAGUGUAAGGAAUCUCCUUAUGUACUCAGAUAUUAUCGAACUACGGGGAUGCACGCACGACUUUUAGCUGUGCCAAAUAUUUGAACUGAAUUUGUUCUGCAUCAAACUUAUUUGUCCCUAAGGUCUGUCAUCCACUCAGGAAAGUGAUCUUCAGAAAUCACGCCUUCUGCCGAUGCAAAUUCCUGUCGGCUAUGGGAAGUUUUAUUGGUGCAUCAUUAUGGUUUAGUGGACAAUAAAAACAUUUGUGAUUAGCGUACUAUGAUAUGUUUUAAUGUGGUGUGCUAGUUUGUGCAAGUGAUUUUUGCUUGUUCAAAUUUGCAAAUCUACCUACCCUUUCAAAAAUAUCAUCUGCUCUGUUGAUUACAAUCAGAUUUGUAGCU